AUGUCACAAAUCUCCUCAAAAGGACCAGACAACAAAGUUUGGGAAGAUGAGCAUUGACAGCUUUGUGAGCAUGGGCUGAGGAUGCCUGUGGCAAACGUGUAGAGAAAAUAAGCUUCAGUAGCUGCGUCUCCACUUGAGCUGUCGUGUGUCAGUGCACUGUUAGUGCAUUGCCUUAUUGAUGAUGGGAUGCGAAGAAUUAAUGCAAUGGUAUCUUCAGCCUGAGUGACCUCCCUGCUUUAAGGUGCCUUCUGAAGAGUCUUAGUGUGGGCCGGUCCGUGUCUUGGGUCAGAAGAAACAGGUCUUAGUUGGAGCUUGUGAGUAUGAGAGGAAAGUUAUUUAGUAAUUGUCAAGGAUGUUGAAGGCUGCAGGCUGUCCUGCUUCUUUUAAGUACAUAUUUAAGUCUGUUUAAGGUGAGGAAUGAAAGGUGAUGCAGCUCUUCCUAGAACACUAGAAGCGAUUGAGAUGCAAAUGGAAACAACCAAGUUUUUAUGUUAACUGCAAGAAGUGUAAUUCCCACCCCCUUGGAUGGAAGUUGUUGUUAAUCUCUUUAGAAGUUGGCUGCUUAGUGACAGAUGUUGUGCACUGUUCUGAUGGAUGCGUUCUGCAUGAGAGCAGAUGCUGAAUGUGUGGGCUAUACCUGGCUUCUCAUUCUGACAGCUGAAAAAUGCUGCUCCCUGAAGGCUCCGUCUCAACGUGGAGGAAAUCAAUAGCCCCUGAAUUGUCCAACUAUGAAAUAUCAGUGCUGUGAUAACGUAGGGCCAUUGCAGAAAUAGGUGAUAAUAGAAAGGUACUGAUUGGUCCAGGCUGCUGCCCCACGCUGAAAGUCUGAGCUUUCUGAAUGGAAAUGAAACUCCUGCAGCACCUUUACAAAGCUCUUUUCUUUAGUAGCUCGAAAUACUCAGUAAGUGUGAAAAGCAGAGUAACAAGUCAGUGUGUGGUGGUUUGUUUUUGGUGUUUGAGAAAAUCCUGUACUUCAGAAGGCAGUGUGAAUGUCCCAGAAAAUGGAGGGAUGUCUGGUUGCUGUUCCUCUCCUGUUGCUGCACUGCGUUGGGCUGUUUCCUCUCAGGAUAUGUUCAUUUCUUGCAAUUAAUGAGAAUAACUGGAUCUGUCUGCAUUUCCUUUUUAUUCAUCUCUUGCAUGGCUUCUCAGAGCAGGGCUGAACUUUGCAGGACCUUUUUUUUAUGUAUUUAAAAAGUUAAUAUUGUAAUUUGAUCUCUUUAAAGGUGGUCCAAAUGUCUGUAAGUAACUCCCUGUGAGGAGCGCUGAUCUUCUUCCUGCUGAAAGCAAACAGUCCUUUAAGUGGUAAAUAUGUCUGGGUGAGUUCCUCUAGGUGCAUCACAUCAGUUCAUGAUGUAACAGGCACUGUUUUGUCUUCCAGCCAAUGAAUCCACUCUCCUUGUUAUUUUAAAAACUUGUGAUCCCUUCAACGCUAAGCGAGUAUUGAUGGAAGUGCGAUGUGCUCAGAUCUGCCUGGCACUGCCUGGAGGAACGUAACCUGCCUCUGUACAAGGCCCAUUCACCACAGAUUGGGAUGCGCCGUUACUUCAUUGAUCUCUUGACCGUCCUCAGCAACCGUUGCAGUCUCUGCCCUACAGCUCGGCAUCUCGCAAUCUACUUACUGGACCUCUUCAUGGAUCGCUAUGAUAUCAGUGUCAAGCAACUGUAUGUCGCUUCAUUUGCCUGUCUUCUCCUAGCAAGUAAAUUUGAAGAAAAAGAAGAUAAAGUUCCAAAGUUGGAGCACUUAAAUAACCUGGCAUACAUGUGCAAUGUAAAUGUGGUACUGAGCAAGAAAGACUUGCUUCAAAUGGAAAUGCUGCUUCUGGAAAACUUCAACUGGAACCUGUGUAUACCAACAGCAGCUCACUACAUUGACUACUACCUCUAUGCAUCUCUUGGUGAGAAUGACCUUCACAACGGCUGGCCAAUCACUUCACUAGCCAAAGUCAAAGCUUUUAUGGAAAAAUAUGCAUAUUAUUUCCUUGAUUUUUCAGUGCAAGAUCACAGUUUCCUUCAUUUUCGUCCAUCUCUGAUUGCUGCGGCUUCUGUGUGUGCCUCACGCAUCUGUAUGCAGAUUUCUCCUGCCUGGACAACACAGCUUGAAUUGCUCACAUGUUACUCCUGGGAGCACCUUGCCCAGUGCAUUGAAAUGAUGCUCAUAUAUUAUGAGAAUGACAUCAAAGAAGCCAGUAAUAUAAAAAAGGAAGUAACAAUCCAACAUCAGCAGCAGGAAGUAAUGGAAAACCUGAGACAUGAAGCCACUACUCAAGUUCUAUUUCAGCAAUCCGGUUAUCGUCCUUUAGCCCAGCAUUCAGCUAGUCUUUCCCACUUCCAGUCACCAGUACAGGAUUUGUGCUCUGCUUAUCGUGACUCCUUACAGCCACACAGACCCAGCACUCUGAUUGCCGGGAGUGCUGACAGCUCAAUGCAUCCCUAUGCUGCUCUUCAGACCAACCUGCAGCCAUCUGCCCAGACUCUGCAUGUCCAAAUGCCUAUUGCUGUGCAGGUGGCCUUAGGAACAGAGCCCAGUCACUGCAUUUCCAUGGCUUGUGGUAGUAGUUAUUUCAGUGGUUGCCAUUCGUAUCCAGCUGGGUGUUUUGAUGGAUAAAUAUCAGCACGAGAAUAAGGUGAUAUGAGUGAAAACUAAAGAAAAGAGUGAUAUGGAAUGUGUAUCUGAAUGAGAACCGUGAAGGAACAGAAUCCGUACAUCUUACUCAUCCACAGGGCGUGGAUCUGGAUCCAUUGAUCACUGGAAGCUGGGUGCCUUUGCCAAGGAUUGUACCUUUCUCUCUUAAUAAGAGAAACAGAAAUGCAGUAACAUACCUCAUGUGAAGUAACUUUGAAAGACGUGCAUAGCAACCCUGUGGAGAUUACUACUUUCUAGUUCUCAGUUAGUGACUCACUGAUCUGAGUUGGCUGAAAGCUUGUAUGGUAUUUCAGGCUAGAGUGUUCCUCGAAUUUUUGGUUUAGUAGCAAUGUUCUUAGAGGAUGUUAUUGAAAACAGAGUGCUCUCUCUCUCCCAGGGAUGUGUCUUUUGAACAGUGGUGGCUUAUACUACUGGAAGCUUCUACAAAAAGUGUCCUGAAAUGGUGUUCACUUAAAUGCAGGUGCUCUUUGUUUCUGCAGAAAUAGACGCAUAGAACACUUCAGUUUUCUUUGACCUGGAGUGACAAUGCAGGAGCAAGACUGCAUAAUAAAAGGAACAAAGGCUGGAAGACUAUCAAAUAAUCUCUGACUUAAAAUUAUCUUGGAAACAAGAUGUGAUGCUACUGAACUGAACACAGAACACCGCUCUGCCUUUGCUUAUUUGAAAAAAAAAUAAGCAACAGAAACAUUAAAAAGCAUAAAUGAUCUUAGAACUUAAACAUGCUGCUGCUUUUUGAGACUGGAGAUUACAGUUAGUAAAACUGUUUACAAGCUUUAUCAGGGAUUUAAUGUUACUUGAAGAAAUUUUCUUUGAAAAACUCUCAAAAACUUCAGUCCCUUCAGUUAUUUCGUAGUUUGGGCUCAAACGGUUUGUGGCAGUAGUUCAAUUUUAGGACAGAGGAACUGCUGGUAAUGUGGGCAGAGAUGGGGAACUGGUUAACUUUAUUGGGAAAUUGGUUUAGUUGCAGCACUAGGCAAUCCUGACUUAGUUUUCUUGAAUAUCACCUUGAUUCUAUUGGAAAAUAUAGCUGUUGAAUUGCAGAUCAUGUUGCUUUAUAAUGAGAUGCACCUACUGUCAGAUACCCAAAUGUUCCCUUUUCGAUUGAGAUCAGAGAAGAUUGUAGAGGUUUUUGUUUGUUUAACUGCAAUGUAGAUAUUUACAAGAAACAGACUUCUGAAAUGUGAAACUCCUAGUUUUGAUACGCAACCACAAUUGUGUGUUUGUUUGAAGACAAUACUGUUGGACUGUCCUUUUUCCCUAAGGAUCUCAGGACUGCAGUACAGGUAAUGUGCAAUAUGCUUCUUCUGACUUGGGGCAGCUUUUCCAAGUCAUGUGUCAAUGUUGUUUUAAAUUAUAUUUUCAGAGAAUUGUUUUUAAGGGUGUUUAAAGGUGGAGGGGGAAAAUUAGCCUGCAUGCUGAUGUGUGCUUGUGUAACCAUCUUCUGAGAAUGCAAUGAUGGAUGUUAAGCUAAUGAUUUCCUGCAUUCAGCAGGCUAGGGGCAUUUUGUUUUUUUUUCAUUUAAAAAAGGCAAACUGUAAAUGAAGAGGCUGUACUCUUCAGAAAUUGAUCUAGAAAUGUAGAGAACUUAGUCUUUAAUCUUUAAUUCUGUUGGUUUUGUAUUUAUAUUAAACUUUAUUUUUAGAAGACUUUAGUGUAUUUUAUAAUUAGUCAUUCGUCAGAACUACUGAACAAAACAGUAGUGGCAGUAUGUUGGAUGGUUUUUCUUUGUUUUUAUCACAUUUUUGUUCAGGUCACACACGCUGUUACACUUUGGGCUGCCAUUCUGCUUAAUGUGAAAAUACUUGCAACGUUUCCAGUGAAAGCUUCCAAUAAAUAAGUGUACAGAUGAAGUACUCUGUUAAUUUUUCUACUGUUUUCUCCCAAGCUUUCAGGAGCUAACAAGGAAUACAUCUGUACCUUAAAAAACACCUGAUCUGAGUACUCAUAACAUCUUACAGAACAGUGGUAGGACAAAUGUGAUGGAAUGGCCUUGUCGAAUAAUAAGUUGUGAAGGGUUAGGCAGGCAGAUGAGGAAGUUGGUCCUGUGCAGAAAGUGAGGUUUUGCUCCAAGUUUCAAGUGUUGGUCUGUAUAAGGGAACACAAAGCAGGCUGUGGGGAUUGCUGAAGAAACAGGCAAAAAAUAUGCAGACAUGAAGCAGGACGUAAGAACUGAUUAUUCCAGCUCAUAUGGCCCAGUGCCAUGAAAUACUGAAUCAGAGAACACAGUUGUACAUUAUCUUUUCUUCUGGUAACUGCAUUUUAAACAAGAAUUGUCCAUGGCUUCUCUAGCAUUGUGCCUUUGUAGCAUUGGUGAAGUUGGAGCAGAUUUUGUUCAACAGCAGUCUCAGAAAAAUACAGAAAAGAUUUCUGAGAACUUAGAGUUGGUCUGAUAGUGUUUUGACUGACUGUUCUCUGCAGACUGCUUUACAUGUAGGUGAGAUUUCCUAACAGAUUUUUAAGUGGAUCUUUUCUCUCUUGUGAAAACUUGGGAAGAGAGAACAUAGAAGAGUUCAGACAAUCAAAAAGCUGCUUCUCUAUUGACUUUCUUGCCACAGUUACUUUUGAAGUGAGCUGUAGAGAUGCAUACCAAGUUUCUUUUGAAAUGAUAUAAAACUUCUCACCCUGUGUCUGUGUUGGUUGAUGCUGUCAU